AUGCCUCCCCCCACUCCUCCGUGGUUCUACUUACUGCAUUCAGAAGUCCAACAACCCCACAUCGCGAUCAACACCAAUGACGCUCUCCUGCAGGUCCAACGUGACCGGGUUCCAGAAGAAGAAACGGGCUCAAUCCAUAAACUCUUCCGAGUUCCCUCCCUCAUGGUCCCUCUGCCCCGGUUUUCUUUUCUCCGCGUCACCCCUCCUCUUCGUUCUCUUCCGCAAUCGCCCCGCCUCCACCUUCACUUUCAAUUUCAAUCUCGACCGAGACUCACCUCUUCCUUCACCACCCCCCUCCUCCUUCUCCCCCGCCACCUUGCUACAAUGGCCGACGCCGUCGAAGCCGCUAAGCGCGCUGCCGCAAAGACCGCUGUCGCCAAUCACUACCCCGAAAACGCUCGCUGGGUCGGCAUUGGCAGCGGCACUACUAUCGUCUACGUUGUCGAGGCGAUCAAGGCUCUUGGUGUUGAUACCUCCAACACUCGCUAUGUGCCUACGGGUUACCAGUCGCGCCAACUGAUUGUCAGUGCUGGACUGACUGCUGUCGAGUUUGACGCUGUGCCUGCAGGGACCGUCCUGGAUGUCGCAUUUGACGGCGCUGACGAGGUCGACGAUGAUUUGAACUGUAUCAAGGGUGGUGGCGCCUGUCUGUUCCAGGAGAAGAUUGUCGCGAUGCAGGCUAAGCAGUUCAUUUGCGUUGCCGACUCCCGCAAACUCCAAUCCCGCCUCCUCACCAACUGGAAAUACAUCCCCAUCGAAGUCGCCCCCAUCGCCGCUUACCGCGUCCUAAACAAACUCCUCGAACUCGGCGCCAUCAACCCCAUCAUCCGCACCAACAAGGACCCCAAGCAAGGCCCCCUCAAGACCGACCAGGACUUCUUCCUCAUCGACGCCCCCUUCAAGCCGCUCCUGACCAAGGCCGACGUUGCCAAUGGCCAGGAUGGUUCUGGCAAGGACGGUGUUUGGGAGGUCAACUUGCUUGCGCGCGAGAUUAAGCAGAUCACUGGUGUUUUGGAUGUUGGUAUUUUCUCUGGGUUGACGGGGCCUGAGGCUACUGCUGCGGGUGGUGUUGGUGGUCAGCGGCCUGUUGCGGCGUACUUUGGUAUGCCUGAUGGGUCUGUUUCGGUGCGGAAGGCGCUGUAAAAGGGGAAUUUGAUUGGGGGAUUGACGACCCUGUACAGCAUGGGAAUGGCAUGGACGUGAUAUAGCGCAAGUCCUUAUAUAUAUACUAGAUGAUACCAAGAUGCCUAGAAACGAAGAGACG